GGAUGCUCGUCGGAUGUCCAAAUUCAUUGGUACAGCUUAUCAUCGGACCUUUACCCAUAUUGGAACCGGUCGCAUGGCCUUCAACCUGAGAUUCAAGCCUACUGGAUCGACCUCUCGAAAAAAUACAAUCUAUAUCCACACAUCGCAUUCAACACAAAAGUGUUAUCUGCCGAGUGGGACGAUGCCAAACAACAAUACGUCAUCGUAGCAGAAGAUGUCCUUUCAGGCAAGAGAAUAUCGAGCGUGGCCCAUGUCGUGAUAUCUGCCGUUGGUAUCUUGGAUACCCCAAGGAUUCCAUACGAGAUCCCUGGAGUUGGGAAGUUUCAAGGGGUUUCGUUUCAUUCCGCACAGUGGCCAGGCUCGAUAGAUCUGCGGAAUAAGCGCGUUGCAGUGAUUGGAAAUGCCUCCUCCGGAGCACAGUUCGUGCCAUCUGUAUCUGAAGACCCGUCUGUCGAAGUAGUUAACUUCGUUCGCACCCCGCGCUGGUUCACCACUCGACCACAUAUUCCGUACUCGGACACCGAGAAAUGGAUUUUUGCCAACAUCCCUCUGGCAAUGCGACUGCACCGAGCUUGGAUCGUGUUCUGGGUCAGACCAAACGUUGCAGAGUUUUGGCUUGCUGACGCUAGUUGUAGUUAG